AUGGAGCCGCGCAAAAGCAUGGUGGGCCCCAUAAUCAACCUCAUCUCCGCCUGCCACUCCGACGGCCUCGCAACCCAAGUGAUCGAGCUGACCCUUCGAAUGUUGCAUGCCCUUGGCUUCGAGACAGAAAUCACUGCAACUUCCUUCAAGGUCACGCGUUGGGGAUUUAUGGUUGAUGAAGUGGUUGUUGCGUUGGCAGAUAUGUGCGAUGGAUAUGCGGCUAUCAACCCUACACUACAUGAAGAUGUGCUGGAGGUAGCGAAGACGGCGUACGAGAUUAUGUGUGGGGAGAAAGUUAGCUGGGACAAGACGUACGGGAGUGAUAGGCGUGGGAAACUUGGAGGCACAGCUGGAAGGAACGAGGAUAUUGUGGAUCGGGUCCAGGGGAUGAGGUUUGUUUGA